AUGUCAAAUAACCCGUUUUUAACAGAGGAAGAUAAGUAUCUCGAACAAGGUUCAUCGAUCGCUGCGCCACCACCAGCCUACGAAGAUGUUGUAAGACCAGGCUAUAGCGAUCACCCGUAUGGUUAUCCACCAAAUAAUCAAUCAUUUCCUCCUCCUUCAUUUCCGCCACCGACAGUGCCAAAUUAUAAUCAUAAUCCAUUAGUUUCUACGGAAAAUCAUCAACCAAAUUCCGCGAAUCCUAAUGAAAAAUCUGUCGGAAUAAAGCUUGCUGUUACGACGAUUUCGGUAGCAAAUAGCAAAGCAUGUAGUCAAAUACAAUUAAAUGAAAAUCCGGAAAAAUUCACCUUUGAUCCAAAAUUAAUACUCAAACUCGAUGUGGAAGGUUCUCAACAUAAGGUAGAUGCAGUUAAUGUUUUACAAAAUCCAUCACCAGAUGAAACCAAUGUUAAUGUUGAAGUGUUUACUGGAAGUAGCAGUAGAGUGACUCCUCAAUUUGAAAAAAAAAUUCAAAACGAUAGUUUUGUAUUAAGAGUUUUCCAAAAAGUUGGGUUUGGCGUUUUUAACAUUCCACCACGUUGUAUGCGAUUGAAAAUAAAUGUAAUCCUACCACAAGGAAAUGCUGGCAACCCAACUUUUAAUAAUAUUCAAGUCAAGGAACUGAACCUUAAACUUAUUAAAGAUGAAAGUGAUAAACCAUAUCAACAAAGCAUCGGUUUAUCUACUGUCGAAGGGGAUAUACAAUUAGAGGAAAUUAAAGGAAAUAUCAUCGACAUUAAAACUCAGGAAGGAAAUGUUGGAGGAUCAAUAUUAUCUCUUUCAAAAGAACUUAGUGUUUCGACUGAUGAUGGUAAUGUGGACUUAUAUUUGGGAAUUGCUCCAAAUGCAAUGGUCAUGUUACAAACUGAUAACGGAAACGUUGGAUUAACAAUGGUUGAAAGCUCAUUCGCUUAUAAAGUUCGGACAAACGAUGGUAACAUUAGAAUAAAUGAUGAAAUGAUAAAUGGAUUAUCUAAAAAUGGUAUGGCGGGUGAUGGAAAGUCAAUUGUGAAUAUUAUAACUGAUGAAGGAAACAUUAGGUUAAACUAUUGA